CUGGGCAAAUUCGUCGCCCAGCCUCCUAGCGCUCCAGGGAGGCGGCUGCGCCCGCGGCGGAUCGCUCAGUAGGCGCGCGCAGAGCAAGACGCCGCGGCCGCGGGAGCGCAGUAAUGGGGAAGAACCGCGAGAUGCGCCUGGCUCACAUCUGCUGCUGCUGCCUCCUUUACCAGCUGGGGCUGCUGUCGAAUGGGAUUGUUUCAGGUAAGUUCUUCCAUGACUUCCUGGCUUCCUUUCAAGACUCCUCAGCGAAGACCGCGAAUGCAUGGGUGCUGCUGAGGAUCCCGGCCUUCUCCCGGGAUCUGUACCUGCUGCUCCGGAGAGACGGUCGCUUCCUGGCGCCGCGCUUCGCGGUGGAACAGCGGCCAAGUCCCGGCCCCGGCCCCACGGGGGCAGCAUCCGCCCCGCGCCCUCCCGCGCCGCUGGACGCUGCCUGCUUCUACACCGGAGCCGUGCUGCGGCACCCCGGCUCGCUGGCCUCUUUCAGCACCUGUGGAGGUGGCCUGAUGGGAUUUAUACAGCUCAAUGAGGACUUUAUAUUUAUUGAGCCACUCAAUGAUACAAUGGCUAUAACGGGUCACCCACACCGUGUAUAUAGGCAGAAAAGGUCCAUGGAGGAAAAAGUCUCAGAGAAGUCAGCUCUUCACAGUCAUUAUUGUGGUAUAAUUUCAGAUAAAGGAAGACCUAGGUCUAAAAAAAUAUCAGAAAGUGGAAGAGGGAAACGAUAUUCAUACAAAUUACCUCAAGAAUACAACAUAGAGACUGUAGUGGUUGCAGACCCAGCAAUGGUUUCCUAUCAUGGAGCAGAUGCAGCCAGGAGAUUCAUUCUAACCAUCUUAAAUAUGGUUUUUAAUCUUUUCCAACACAAGAGUCUUGGUGUGCAGGUCAAUCUUCGUGUGAUAAAGCUUAUUCUGCUCCAUGAAACUCCAGCAGACCUAUAUAUUGGGCACCAUGGAGAGAAAAUGUUAGAAAGUUUUUGUAAGUGGCAAUAUGAAGAAUUUGGCAAAAAAAAUGAUAUACAUUUAGAGAUGUCAACAAGUUGGGGGGAAGACAUGACUUCAGUGGAUGCAGCUAUACUUAUAACAAGAAAAGAUUUCUGUGUGCACAAAGAUGAACCAUGUGAUACUGUUGGUAUAGCAUACUUGAGUGGAAUGUGUAGCGAAAAGAGAAAAUGUAUUAUUGCUGAAGAUAAUGGCCUGAAUCUUGCAUUUACAAUUGCUCAUGAAAUGGGUCACAACAUGGGCAUUAAUCAUGACAAUGACCACCCAUCAUGUGCUGAUGGUCUUCAUAUCAUGUCUGGUGAAUGGAUUAAAGGACAAAAUCUUGGUGAUGUUUCAUGGUCUCGAUGUAGCAAGGAAGAUUUGGAAAGAUUUCUCAGGUCAAAGACCAGUAACUGCUUGCUGCAAACAAAUCCCCAGAGUGUCAAUUCUGUGAUGGUUCCCUCCAAACUUCCGGAGAUGACAUACACUGCUGAUGAGCAGUGUCAGAUUCUCUUUGGGCCAUCGGCUUCCUUUUGUCAAGAGAUGCAGCAUGUAAUUUGCACGGGUUUAUGGUGCAAGGUAGAAGGUGAGAAAGAAUGCAGAACGAAACUAGACCCACCAAUGGAUGGAACUGAUUGUGACCCUGGUAAGUGGUGUAAGGCUGGAGAAUGUACCAGCAGGACCUCAGCACCUGAACAUCUUGCUGGAGAGUGGAGCCUGUGGAGUCCCUGCAGCCGAACCUGCAGUUCUGGGAUCAGCAGUCGAGAGCGCAAAUGUCCUGGGCUAGGUUCUGAAGCAAGGGAUUGUAAUGGUCCCAGAAAACAAUACAGAAUAUGUGAGAAUCCACCUUGUCCUGCAGGUUUGCCUGGAUUCAGAGACUGGCAAUGUCAGGCCUUUAGUGUUAGAACUUCGUACCCAAAGCAUGUACUUCAGUGGCAAGCUAUCCUGGAUGAAGAAAAACCAUGUGCCUUGUUUUGCUCUCCUGUUGGAAAAGAACAGCCUGUUCUUCUCUCAGAAAAAGUGAUGGAUGGAACUUCUUGUGGAUAUCAGGGAUUAGAUAUCUGUGCAAAUGGCAGGUGCCAGAAAGUUGGCUGUGAUGGUUUAUUAGGGUCUCUUGCAAGGGAAGAUCACUGUGGUAUAUGCAAUGGCAAUGGAAAAUCGUGCAAAAUCAUUAAAGGGGAUUUUAAUCACACCAGAGGAGCAGGUUACGUAGAAGUGCUGGUGAUACCUGCUGGAGCAAGAAGAAUCAAAGUUGUGGAGGAAAAGCCGGCACAUAGCUAUUUAGCUCUCCGAGAUGCUGGCAAACAGUCUAUUAAUAGUGACUGGAAGAUUGAACACUCUGGAGCAUUCAAUUUAGCAGGAACUACCGUUCAUUAUAUAAGACGAGGCCUGUGGGAAAAGAUCUCUGCCAAAGGUCCUACUACAGCACCUUUACAUCUCCUGGUGCUCCUGUUUCAGGAUCAGAAUUAUGGUCUUCACUAUGAAUACACAAUCCCAUCAGACCCUCUUCCAGAGAACCAGAGUUCUAAGGCCCCUGAGCCCCUCUUCAUGUGGACACACACAGGCUGGGAAGAUUGCGAUGCCACGUGUGGAGGAGGAGAAAGAAAGACAACAGUAUCCUGCACAAAAAUAAUGAGCAAAAAUAUCAGCAUUGUGGACAACAAGAAAUGCAAAUACUUAACCAAACCAGAGCCACAGAUUCGAAAGUGUAAUGAGCAACCGUGUCAAACAAGAUGGAUGAUGACAGAAUGGACUCCCUGUUCACGGACUUGUGGGAAAGGAAUGCAGAGUAGACAAGUGGCCUGUACCCAACAACUGAGCAACGGAACUCUGAUUAGAGCUCGGGAAAGGGACUGCACUGGACCUAAGCCUACCACUGCCCAGCGCUGCGAGGGCCAGGACUGUAUGACGGUGUGGGAGGCAGGAGUAUGGUCUGAGUGCUCAGUCAAGUGUGGCAAAGGCGUACGGCAUCGGACUGUGAGGUGUACUAACCCAAGAAAGAAGUGUGUCCUUUCCACUAGACCCAGGGAAGCUGAGGACUGUGAAGAUUAUUCAAAAUGCUAUGUGUGGCGAAUGGGUGACUGGUCUAAGUGCUCAAUUACCUGUGGCAAAGGAAUGCAGUCUCGUGUUAUCCAGUGUAUGCAUAAGAUCACAGGAAGACAUGGAAAUGAGUGUUUUUCUUCAGAAAAACCUGCAGCAUACAGGCCAUGCCAUCUCCAGCCCUGCAAUGAGAAGAUUAAUGUAAAUACCAUAACAUCACCCAGACUGGCUGCUCUGACUUUCAAAUGCCUGGGAGAUCAAUGGCCAGUAUAUUGCCGAGUGAUACGUGAAAAGAACCUGUGUCAGGACAUGCGGUGGUAUCAGCGCUGCUGUGAGACGUGCAGGGACUUCUAUGCUCAAAAGCUGCAACAGAAGAGUUGACCUCUAGCAGUCUGGCUGGCUCACAGCUCUUUGCAAUUACAUUAUUUAUAAACACACACACUAGCAUGUUUUCAGACCAAAUAUUAUCAGAUUACAUAUAAUUUAAUCAAAUUAAUUAAUUUAUUUUUUUGCCUGCCAGACAUCCAAUGUGGUGCUUGUUUUGGUUAUGCAAACAUUUUGAUUUAUACUACAUGGCUUCAUAAAUAGUUUUAUAUGAAAAAAUAAGUUGGAUCCAAUAGCCUAAUUUAAAAAGAAAAAAAAAUAGAUUAUUAGACAAAAAAUUUGUUUGUUUGUUAGGGCUGUCUCUAAGGUGCUACUCUCUCCUCACCGAUACCAUUGAGUUAUCCAGAAUGUAUUCUAACUUAGCAUAAUAGUUUAGUCAUAUUUGGAGAGAAAUUAUUUUGGUUUCUGGUGUCCUGCUACAGAAUUAGCUCAUUUUCUGUAUUCUGCAGGAGAUGUGUAAACAUAACAAACCUCAUAGUGAACAGAUUUUUAGAGAAUGUAUUAUGAAUUUGGUUCAGAUUUAGAGACAUCCAUAGGAAAAAUUCUGCUGUAAUUAUAACCUUAUUUUAAAUGAUGGAAAAGUCAAAAUAGAGACUUUGAUCAUGUUCAUGAACAUGUACUUGAAUGGAAGUAUUGUAACAAUGAAACACUGUAAUGAAAUUACACUGAAUCAUCAUUGCACUGUUGAUAUAGUGUAGAGAAACCGUUAGAAAUGGUAACAUCUUACAAAAAUAUGUAUUAUUUUAACAUAUUGUCAUUAGAUUUUAGCUUUUUUAAAAUAUUUUGAACAACGAAAGAAUUGUUCCACCCAUUUCCUUGUAUCUUUUUAGCGGAGUUAUGAAAGAGUAUAGUACUUAGUCUCACAAUUCAUAAAAAGAAAACUUACUAAAUAUUUUUCUGCCUUUUUACUAGGAACAAGGAAAAACAAAAACAUAUUACUGUGGUAGUUUCAUUGUGCUUAUUUUUCCUUUUAAAAUUAAAAAGUUUUACAAUUCUGUGAAACGUUCAAAAACCAGCUUAAUUUUUUUCUUGUGAGAAAAUAUUGUACAUGAUUCACAUGAUUUCUUAGAUUUUUCAAUAAAAUAUGUGAAACUUCCCAUUGAGAGGCAAUUCUUCAUAUACUUAGUCACAUUUCCACAUGCCUUACAAAGUUACUGUCUGCUUUUAUUCCAGUCUUCUAAAGGAUGCUUGUAUAGCUAAUCACCUUGGAAGAUAGAAGUGAUAUCUCUAUUAUUUCUAAAUGACAAACAUGCUUCUCAUUACAAAAACGUCCGGUUUUCUAAAAUUGGGGUUUGUCUCUUAUAACACAACCCAGUUUGUGUGCUGGUGUGACCUCGCUUUCUUUACCCUGUGGAAAUUGAGGCACAGGGAACCAUUACAAGAAAAGCUGAUUCCCUUAUUAAUACUAUUGCUGUGAGUAAUAAAGUCCUUUGUCUCUAA